AUGCGAAUAAAUAAAUACGCCAUUUUGAUAGACGGCGAUGAGGGAAAGAAGGAUAUUGCAGAGCUUAUUUUACUGAUUGUGAAAUUCCGAGUGCCUCGAAACAACAUUUCAUUAUAUGACAUUCAUGCAGAUAAAGGAAUGACAGCAUACCUUUCGAGUAAGAAUGUGAAAUGUCCUGUUUUGUUCUUGUGGGGAAAUUAUUAUGGAGAUGUCGAGUUUGUUAAACAACAAAUAGAGGAAGGGAUAUUUCAGUUGAUAUUGAUGAACAACCCGAACAAAAAGAAUAAAAAGAAAAACAAAAAAGGGUCUGUCAAGAAGGAUCAAUUUGAUUUUAAUCCACCUGUUUUGGAAGAGUAUGUGCAAGACAAAGAAGACACUGAAACUCAAAAAGAUCAACAGAACGGAAGUAAACUCAAAAAUAUUCAAAAUUUAGAUAGAACUCAAAAUGUCGAAAACCUCAAUGAAAUUUGUGACGAAAAAGUCGAAGAAAAAAACACACAAAUCGAAAGUCCACUAGUUGAGAAUGUCGAGAAGCCCGAGAAGAGCGAAAGUACUUCGGAGAAUAGCCAAAGUCCUACCACUAAAGAAGCACUCCUUCCUGAAGGUGAGUCUGUGUCGCCAAAUGUUCCUCAAGAAAAAAGUCCAGUUGAACACAAAUCGCCGCUUUCGUCUUCGAUUCGCCCAACUAAUGAAAAGUCAUUAGAAGAUACUUUAUUAAAGUUGAGUGGGUCGUAUUAUGGUAAAGAAGAGGAAGUCCCGACUGAUAUGAUUAUCAUAGAAGAUUACGAGAAUCAACAAAAGAAUGAGAAAGGUGUUUUAGAAGAGAGUGAAAUGGUUGAAUUAAAUGUUCCUGAGGCAUACACCUUAACGUUUGGAGAUCGGUGGUUGAACGUCUUCGAAUGGGUCUUGCGAGGGUUUGUCGACUAUUCAAAAACUGUUGGUGAGAAGCCAAAUGAAAAAUUGGAAAAGAGAGACGGCGACAUCGACUUUUAUGUGAUGAGAACAAAUUGGUAUGGAAGACAUCAGAUCAGAAUUUUUCGACUCACGGAAACUAAGUUCUACCGACUGGAUGAGGCAUGUUUGGUUCGAGAAGUUUUUGAAUAUGAAAACGUCGACGAAAUUAUUUGUGUGGACGACGAACAUGUCGUCAUUAAGUUCAAAAAAGAUACAACUCCUCAAUACAUCGACUGUAAAGUCAUGAAGGAGUUUUUGACGACACUUUUAAGUCACUUAACUAACAAACCAAAAAUUACUAAAUUAAAUUAG